CGUUAGAAGAAAUUACAGCGCGCAUUCACGGCUCAAAUUGGUUCACGUUACUCGAUUGUAAAAAAGGCUUUUGGCAACUGCAAGUAACACCCCGUACUUCAGAAUAUCUGACAUUUAGUACCCCGUUCGGAAGAUACUCUUGCUUAAGGAUGCCAUUUGGCUUAGCAUCGGCUCCGGAGGUUUUCCAACAAGUAAUGAGUUCGCUGAUCGCGGACGUAAAGAACGCUGAGGUAUCAAUGGAUGAUGUUCUCUUGCAUGCCACCAGCAAACUAGAACUAGAGAGGAUCACUCAAGAGGUACUUGACAAAUUCAAAAUAGCAGGCCUUAAGCUGAACAAAGAAAAAUGCGUUUUUAAUACACAAGAAGUAAAGUUUCUAGGACAUAUAGUCUCCGCUGAAGGUGUAAAACCUGAUCCCGAAAAAAUAGAAACUAUAACGAAAAUUAAGCAACCGGAAAACGUGAAAGAGUUGCAAAGAUUCUUGGGUAUGGUAACAUACGUGUCGAAAUUUAUAAAAAAUUUGGCAGAUAUCACCCAACCACUAAGACAAUUAUUGCGAAAAGAUGUUGAGUGGGUAUGGGAUACGCAACACAAUGAAGCAUUCAAUAAAUUGAAAAAUCUGCUAAAGAAUCCACCAGUAUUAGGGUAUUAUGACACUAAAGCGCCAAUUUUGCUGUCAGUAGAUGCCAGUAGUUAUGCAUGUGGCGGAGUACUAAUACAAAAACAGAAGCCGAUCGCUUACUGUGCAAAAUCGUUCACAAAAACCGAACAGGACAUGUACAUUUGGGGUUGCAAAGAUUUAACGAUCGAAUCUGACCAUAAGCCUCUUAAGACGAUAUUUAAAAAGCCAAUAACAGAUGCACCACCGAGAUUGCAAAGAAUCAUGUAUCAAAUCCUGCCUUAUAAUCCAAAAGUUACUUAUAAAAAAGGUACGGAAUUGUAUGUAGCAGAUUUCCUGAGUAGAGACUGCGAAAACUUAGAUGGUGAAGAUUUAAAUACAGAAAAUUUACAAAUAUGUGCUAUUGUGCCAUUCACGAAAACGCGAAAAGACGAACUUAAAGCAGAGACCGCAAAAAGCAAAGAACUUAAUGAUUUAAAGUUAAUCAUACUAAAGGGAUGGCCAGAUACCAUCAAUAAAGUGCCCGUAAAUCUGAAAAAAUAUUGGUACUAUAGAGAAGCUCUCAGCGUUUAUGAGGACAUAAUUUUUAAAGAUCACCGAGUAUUGGUUCCAAACACAAUGGUGCCAUUAGUUAUGAAACAUUGCCACCUUAGUCAUAAAGGACUACAAGGGACGCUAAAACUGGCCCGUGACAAUAUAUUCUGGCCAACAAUGACCAAAGAUUUAACUGAGUACAUAAAAACUUGCGGUGCAUGCAGCAAAAUACAAAAAGAUAAUCAGAUGGAACAAAUAAAUUUACAAGCCGCACCGAAACGGCCAUGGAGUAUUGUCGCUUCGGACAUAUUCCACUUAAGAGGAAAGGAUUGCCUCCUCAUUGCAGACAGCUACUCAGGAUAUUUUGACUUUAAACAACUAAACAAUAUCACCAGUUUCAACGUCAUUAAAGAAUUUAAGACAUGGUUUGCUACCUUCGGCAUUCCGGAGGUACUAUUAUCAGAUGGUGGUAAACAAUUUGAUUGUAGCGAAUUCAGGGCCUUUCAGAAAGAAUGGAACUUUGAACAUAGAAUUUCGAGCCCUCAUUUUCCACGUUCAAAUGGCCUAGCAGAACGCUAUGUACAAGAGGCUAAAAACCUGAUGAAAAAGUGCCUUGAAGACAACACGGACAUACACCUAGCCUUGCUACAUCAUCGGAAUACUCCACGCUUGGACCUAGGGUCUCCAGUUCAACGAUUAAUGAACAGAAGAACCAGAACGCUAUUACCUACCAAUGAAAAACUACUCAAUCCAAAAAUAAUAAAAAACGUGAGCAAAAAACUAACAAAACUCAAGGAAGGUGAGAAAGGAACAGCAGACAGAAAUAAAAAACAGAGUAGAGAAUACACUACGCAAGAGAAAGUACUGCUUAGACAAAGCCAUAAUAACUGGGUUCCAGCUUAUAUAGUGAGACCAGAAGGACACCGCUCGUACAGAGUACAAACCGAGGAUGGCGCCACAUACAGAAGAAACACAUGGCAUCUUAAGCCAGCCACUUCAUCCCUUGACGUUAAUCCUAACUCGUCCACUGACCGUCCUACUGUUGAACCAAAAAUCCAAAGUCCUUCGAGUCCAACACAGCCACCGACAGAAACCACAACACAACAGUGUUCGCCAGAUGACGUGCCUCUGGAAGCUGAGCCGUCCACGCCCGCUACACGACAGGAUGCAGCUAGUCUCAAUCACCCACCGCGCACUCGCUGUGGACGUGGAAAUUUACUUGCCGCUAACAAGGACGACGAUGAUGACGAAGACGAAGGUGAUGAGGAAGACAACGACGACAACGACGACAACGAUAAGGAAGACGACGAUAGUAACGAAAACGACGAUGAAAACAAAGUCGAUGAAGGCAACGAAUAUGGAGACAUUGGCAAUAAAAAUAAAGACGAAUGCUUUGAAAGUUGCUGCGACGUAAACAUUGCCGGCGGUAGCAAUAACGUGCAAGAAGGAGUAAGACAAGUGUAUGUGCAACAGCAAAGAGUUGCAAUAACUUUUCGCGACAUUGGAGACACAAUUAGGCCGUAUGAUGGUAGUGAAAUAUUCCCAAUACAAAGCUGGAUAAACGAAUUCGAAAAAGUUGCAGCACUCAUGCAGUGCAAUGAUUUCCAACGGCUUAUUUAUGCAAAGAAAUCAUUGAAAGGUCUGGCAAAAACUUUUAUAAAUAGUGAGAGGGGAAAGCCUACACUUCAGAGCACUAGUGUAUGUCUAGUUGGUUUUGGUGAUAGCAAUAGGGAAAACCAAAUUAAACCCAUGGGUUCAGUGAAGCAUGAAAUUACAAUUGAUGGUGAAAAAUAUAGUCUAAACUUUAUGGUGGUUCCCUCUAGAUACCUAAACGUCGACAUAUUGCUCGGUGAAGACUUCUGUGCGCAAGCCACAAUUACAAUAAGUGCUCAUGGACUGUCAAUUAAAAAAACUGAGAAAGAUGUAAGUGAAGACGUGUUAGAAUUGUUGAAAAUUGAUAUUUUAAAUGAAAAACCGUUGAAUAUUGACGAAAAUGCUAGUAUUUGUGCGCAAAAUACAAUUCGUGAUUGUAUAGGCAACUAUAAACCUAUGAACUGCAAGUCUACUAAUGUGGUAAUUAAUAUAAUUUUAAAAGAUGAAACACCAGUUUAUUCCAUGCCGCGUAGGCUUCCAUUGGCAGAAAGACAUAAAGUAGAUUAA